UUUGUGCUUACAGAGAGUGCGUGUGUUUUUGGUGGUGUCAAGUUUGACAGGUGGUUGCGUUUGGCGUUUGGGGGGUGGAGAGGACAGCCAGCACGUUGCAGACACACAACGAUGGAGCACAGAGAAGGUGGUGGUGCUAGGGUACUUGGUGGGGAUGCUGGCGAGCUGGAACAGCAGUGUAGGAGGGUCAUCAUUCACAUUGACUUGGACUGCUUCUACGCUCAGGUGGAGAUGGUGGCUCAGCCGGAGCUGUGCCAGAAGCCCGUGGGCAUCCAGCAAAAGACCAUCCUGGCCACCAGCAACUACAUUGCUAGACAACGAGGGGUUGGUAAGAUGGACUCCAUCCGCCACGCAAAGCAAGUGUGCCCGGACAUCACCAUCAUCAAGGGUGAGAUCCUCACGCCAUUUCGCCUUGCCUCGGAGGCCAUCUUCACUUUGCUCAAGGCAAUGCUACCUCGGGUCCCCGUGCAGCGCCUUGGCUUAGACGAGUUCUUCCUCGACAUCACCGACGUUGUCACAGGCGCAACCUCUUGCACUUGCAUGAAACUUGCGUCGACGAAUACACCCGGCAGCGAGUGGACGUGCAGCUGUCCGUAUGCGCAGCUGUGGAGCGGGCCUCACCCGGAACGACGGCUACAGCCAGAUGACACCGAUCUCUCACCGUGCACACGCCCGCUCGUUGCUGCCGCGUGUGAAGAUGCUCAUGGACAUGUGCGCCUCGCCCAGAGCGUCGUACCGUGCCUCCCUGUACGCGGGGGCGGGCUCUCCUGGUACGGUCACGUGAAGGGGGUCGCACUGUCAAGCGGCCGAUUCCGGCGCACGCCACCAGCGCCUGCAGCGAAACUGUCGAGCAGCGGCAACACUGCAAACACAAACCUAUCCACAGAGGUAUUGGCGGCCACAACUGCAACUACCACCACUACCACUACCACAGCUGCAACCACUUCCACCACCAGCAGCACUACGCCAACUGCACCUGCUAUCACUGCCCAAGAGGAACAGCUUGGACAAGCAGACGUGCGGUUGCUUGCCAUCGGAACACAUGUUGCUGCUCGCCUGAGACGGCUCAUCUUCAUGCGUCUUGGAUUUACAUCGUGCGCUGGCAUCGGCCACAACAAGGCGGUAGCAAAGGUGGCAGGGGAGCUGAACAAGCCCAACCAGCAGACCUGUGUGCUGCCAUGGAUGGCGACUGCCGUGUUCGACGCCCACGGUAUCCGCAAGAUUCCUGGCAUUGGUCGAGCCAUGCGACGAAAGUUGGAAAGCGCGAAUAUCACAACACUCCAACACAUCCGCGCAUCGCCGCACGCCGCACUGGCGGCAGUUCUCGGUGAUAAAGAGGCCAGAAUCGCCACAAACCUGGCGCGAGGCAUCGACACAUCCCGCGUGACAAUGACGGGAAAGCCGAAAUCGCUUUCGAACGAGGACAACAUUGGCCGCUGCACAGAUGUAACAUCUGUUGUCGUGCGCUUGGAGCCGCUCGUUGCACUCUUGCUCACCCGUGUGGAUGAGGAUUUCCGGCUGUACAACCGGUACCCCUCAACCCUCCGCUUCAGCAUCUGCGGCAAACGGUACCACGAUCGCCACAGCCGACAGCGUGAUGUGGCACCGUCCGUGUUUCAAAUGGAGGACAAGGCUGCGCGCGCGCAACGCGUCGUGGACAUGUGUAUGCAGCUACUGUGGCGCAUGGUGAAGAAGCCGCUUGUAAUCAGCGUCAUCAACGUUGCUGCGACCAACUUUGUUCCCUACGGCAGCAGCACAUCCCUGCCUGCGCUCCUGCAGCGAGCGAGCGAAAACGCGCACGAGCAGCGAGGUGCGCGAGAAGCAGACGUGAAGCGGGCAAAGGUUAUGCAGGAUAACACGCAGUUAGAGUCAGAUACAUUUACAACAGCAGCUGUUGUGGCGGCAGAUCAUGAUGCUGACUCGUUUCAGUGCGAUGUGUGCGGCGCCAUCUUGCCACUCUUCUGCCUCGCCGCCCACACGCAAUUCCACAGCAUGGAGGCACAGGAUGCCGAAAACACUGACGCGCCAUAA